AUGGCAUACGACAAGGUUCCCGUUUUACUACUCAAGACCAAGUCGACCCCUGUCGAUGCCUAUGAAGAGAUAUUCUCCCAGACGUUUGAUGGCAAUGUCUUUGAGCCAAUUUUCGUACCAGUUCUCGAGCAUAGGUUCCUCGACCAUGGAAUGAACCAAGUCAGGACCGUGCUGAAAGAUCAUAAGAUUGGCAAGGGCACAGACUGCAAAUAUGGAGGCAUGAUCUUUACCUCACAGAGAGCCGUUGAGGCGUUUGCUCACCUGGUCACCGAGGGCGCAGGCAGUGGAGGUGCACAAUGGCCAAAUUUACAGGAUAUCCCCGUCUACAGCGUUGGGCCGGCGACGACCCGCGCGCUGAAAGCCAUCCCGCAGGAGCCAGCUCUGAACGUUUAUGGAGAGCAUACGGGUAAUGGCGAAACACUUGCGCCCUUCAUAUUAGAUCAUUACGGGGAGUGGUACAAAGAUAGGGAUACCAAACCGCCAUUACUAUUCCUUACGGGUGAGGUCAGGAGGGAUAUAAUUCCCAAGGUGUUGAUGGAUAGCACGCUGGCGGCAACCCGGCGCAUACAAGUCGACGAGGUGGUCGUGUACGGGACGGGCGUAAUGCACUCGUUCGAAGAUGAAAUGCGCCAGACACUCGACAGGGUGAGGGGCUACCGGAUGCUCUGGGCGGUCGUCUUCUCACCGACGGGCUGCGACAGCAUGCUGCGUGCGCUUGGGUACCUCAAAGACGAUGGCAAGCUGGAAACGGAGGCUGUGGGGCGGCGCAAAGAUUCCGACCACAGGACUUUGGUGGCCACCAUCGGGCCCACGACCAGGGCUCACCUGGCCGACUCGUUCAAAUUCGAGCCGGAUGUCUGCUCAAAGCAUCCCAGUCCAGAUGGUGUUUGGUCUGGCAUUACCAAAUACAUCAGCAAUCUGAGAUAACAAAUGUGUCAUGGAUUUGUGUUGUAAACGUGGUCCUGGAUUUACUGACAGGGCUAGAGCCUAGAGUUGCUUGGCGGCAUGGGGAAAAAAAAAGUCAAUGCCAAGGAAGGUUUUAUUUCUUGUGUUGGUCCGAAACGGAUUUGUUGAUUGCGUGGUCAGUGAACAAUCAUGUUUAUCUUUGUUAUGUGUUAAACGUGCUGUGCGUAUAUGUGUGUUAAUGCGAGUGCUGGCGCAUGCGUGUGCACGAGUCUGUACAUAGUAU